AUGGGGCAGGUCGUUAGCCUGAUCACGAUCAUGCCGAAUGCUGGCACCGACGUGUCUGUCAGUCGUCAGUCUGAUUACACUCAGGACUACAAUGACAGAGGAGGCGAAUGGGGGAUGGCGUUACAGGUCUACAUCUCUCACAGUGGCCGAAUUCUCAACUUCAAUAACGAUCCAAAUGCCCGGGUCGAGAACCUGCGGUCAUGGAUCGAAUCGACUGCCAGCAUCCCGACCGGCCGUCAGAUCUUGAUGACCGCCCGUGGCAAGAACGUCAAGAACCUAUCCAACGAAACUGAAGUUUAUGUCUAUGACAAACAGUUCCUCUCUCCUGACGCCCAACCUCCAACCAGAGACGACGUCGAACUGCAACCGCUCACCGCACCCCCUUCAUCCCUCGCCGAUGAGAACAGUCUCAAAGCAUGGCAGGAUCUGUAUAUGUCCAGGCGAGCCUGGGCACUGGAUGCGUUCGAAAUAGCCAGGAUGGGAAUUGAGAAUAUUGAAACAUGUGCAGACGAGGCUACGAUUAUCGCCCGAUCCAUGCAGGUGGCCUUGGACAACCUGCGCACUCAUGUGACAACUUUGCAGCAGAGAUUCGAAGAGACGCAACAGUGGGCGGAAAGCUACAUUCAGGAACAUCGAGAGGUACUACAGGAUUGGAAAGCCCGCGCUGAUGCACUCGCAGAGCUGCCCGUGCGUGAAGAUGUUGCCAGAGUAUUACGCCGCCCGAGCGGAACCGACCGCAACCACUCCACAACGCCGAUUGGUACUCUGUCUGACUUGGUCGAGCGAGAGGGGCUUCAAACGGCCGCCGAGAGUGUUGAACAGAACUCGGCGGAGUUCGGGAGGAAACUGCACCAGUUGCAGUCAGACAUGGACAAGCUCAAGACCGGUACCGACACUGCACGAACCCAGUCAACGCAAGUCCCGGACGUUGACACAAACGCCCUACUGGACGAAGCGGAGACAUUGGCUCGGCGGAUUACCUUGGACUAUGAAGAUGUCUUGCAGAUGCAAGAUAACCCCAAAUCGGUGGCCGCUGUCUCCAGGAAGGCUGCCGUGCACACGAGAGAGUUACUGCCAGCCUUGGAAGCCGUGGUUGAAGAAAUUACUCAGGUAUCCAAGACCGCGUCAGAAGCCAGAAGCACCGUCUCGAGCGAAUGGUUCUCAACACUUCAGAAUAUCUCUAGCCUUCAGUCCCGCCUGGCUGAAGCACAGUCUGCGACAACAAACCUAGACUUCCAUGACGAUGACAACUUCCAACUCCUUAGCCGAGUCAUCCAACUGCCUUUAGUAUACGGGGACACCUUGGUGGAAGCAACUCGGAGAUCCGAAUGGACCGAGCGCAUGAGGACCGAAGUUGACAUGCUGCAUGAAGAUCUUUCUCUACAAACUGAGGAAGAGCACCGACGCCGCAAGAAGUGGACUACAGCGCACACUGAAUUCUUGGAUGAGAACUUGAACGCCAAAGAUGCUUUGAUCGAUCUUAGGGCAUCUGCACCACGGAAUUCCUGGCCCUUUGUGAGCAGGGAUGAGAUAUUUGCUUGGAUCGACGAUCUGACGGCCUUGGGACUUGAUGAUGCUGUCCAGGCACUCACGCAGCGAAUGAAAGAUUUGGAUGCCCCUGUCCGGAAACAGAAGCCAAAGGCCUUCAAGAAUGGAAGCAUCCAUGAUCUCGGUCAAAGUGUAGCAUUACGCAACGGAGACGCGUUCAGAAAUCUGCAGGACGAAAAACUCAGAUUGGAGGAGAAGUUGAGGGCUUCGGACAGUCGAGUGCGGAAACUGGAAGACCUUCUCCAUCGCCAGAGUCAGCUCAGCCGGCCUCCCAGUGGGAUCUUCGCCCCGGGCAGUGCAGCCGAGUUUGAACGACAGACCCCUUCGCCGGCCCCGCUCGCCAGGCAGAGCGAUCUGUCACGAAGAUCGUCUGUGUCGCUUCGACGAUUGUCCAACACCCAAGAUGAAAAGUCGCUGGUGCAGAAGAUCAUUGCAUUGGAAGGCCAAGUCCACAAGUUGCAAGAGGAGGCCCACGCUGAAAGACGCUCGAGUACGGAGAGCAGAGACAAGAUGCAGGAAGCUGAAAUGGUCAAGCGCGAUCUCAUGGCGAAUUUCGAGGCGCAGAAGCAGGAAUUCGAGGAAGAGCGUCAGCUGCUGGAUGAUGAAGUCCAUAGGCUCAAAGUCAAGUUGGACGAGGCAGAAGACGAACUUGACCGCCUCAACGAAUCUAGGGAUCAUCUGCGAAUGGAACAGGAUCAAACCAUCCUCAACCUUAAGGAGGAGCUGGAACAGUCGAGAAGGACCGCCGCGGAUGAUCUGGCACUGUCGAAGCGGAAAGUUGAAAUGACUCAAAAGGAAGUGAGCACCCAACGGGAAAGAGCCGCAAGUCUUGACCGUCAACUCCACCAGGUCAAAGAAGAACGAGCUGCUGCACAAGCUCAGAACAUGGCACUGGCAAACCAACUCAGAAGUAUGGAGGAUCAACAGCAGGAGUAUCUCACCAUCUUGCAAGGCGCGCACGUGAAUCUAUCCCCAACGGGGUCUCCUCCAGAGGAUCUUCGGCGACUUGUCAAUGCUCUUGAGAUCUUAUCAGAAGGUGCGGCCAUUCAUGCCCGUGGCUUGGAUGAUUCCUUGCAGCUUGCAACGGCGGAAAACAAAGCGCUUGAGGAAAAGGUCGUGCACAACGAGUCUCAGAUCAAGUCCUUGAUUGCGCAGCUGUCUACCGCCGAAGCACGCGCCAACGAUCUGCGGGAAAGUCUUGAGCAAGAACGAAGCAAGAUAUCAGGGCUGCGGUCCGAACUUGCUGGCGAACGUGCAGAAAUGCACAGUAUCCGUGAGAAAUUCGCUGCCGGCGAGACCGGCUCCGAUGCCCUAAGACAACAACUCAAUUCAGAGGAACAAAAAGUUGCUGAACUCUUUGCUGAAUUCAGGGUGCGCAAAGCUGAGGAUGAUGGCAUCAUUCAGCGCCUACGACACGAAAUCGAAGACCAUGCACGUAACUUACAAGCAAAUGCUGAAAGACAAGAUGCAUUGAAGCAGCAUCUCGAUAGUCGCGGCGGGAUAGCUAAGCAACUGUCCGAAAGCCUUUUCCAUUUCCACGACCGCAUCAUCCGCAUGCUGGAACAAUUUGGGUAUUCAAUUUCGAGACAAGACGAUACCCUUGUGAUUCAACGAGCAUCGAAGGUCAAUGCCAGCACGAUCCUCAGUGGCGGCGAAGGAUCCGGGCCGUCCACGAUGAAGCGAACCAUCUCUGGGUCCACGUCUGGACAGCACUAUACCGACCCUUCAGACCUGGAAACACUGUAUUGGAUGUCUGAUGACGAUGUGAACACCGAGUCUGGCAAAUAUGCCAGUUUCAUGACCGCCCUGCAGCGACUCGACAUUGACAGCACGAUCGACCUCGUCACUAAGCGCUACAAAGAUGUCGAGAGUCUGGCGAAGAAAUAUCAAAAGGAGUCGCGUGCGUAUCGUGAGCGGACACACCGAAGCCAAGCGGAGGCCCACGACAAAAUCGCAUAUCGGAGCUUUAAGGAGGGCGACCUUGCUCUAUUUCUCCCUACUCGGAACCAGGCGACGCGACCUUGGGCGGCGUUCAAUGUCGGGGCCCCUCACUACUUCCUCCGAGAGCAGGACGUGCACAAGCUUCAGACACGCGAUUGGUUGUUGGCUAGGAUCACCAAAAUCGAGGAGCGCGUGGUCGAUUUAUCCCGGAGCAUGUCGACGGGAAUACGCGGCAACGUCUCAGCCACGGCUAGCGUCGACGAUGGGGGAUCUAUGCGGUCCGUCGACGACGAGAACCCUUUCGAACUCUCGGAUGGCCUGAGAUGGUACAUGAUCGACGCUACAGAGGAAAAACUGGGGGCGCCAGGCACACCCUCUGUUGGCAAGUCCACUGUGACAGCAUCGAACAUCGAGGUCAAAGGUCACAUGGGGCUGGGAAGGAAGGAACACAAAUCCGGCUUGAGCAUUGGAGGCGGAAUGGGAAAUGCAAGCGCAACUGCGAACAUGGUGACCAAGACGUUGACUAAGAGUUUGGACAGUCGACGUUCGAGCUCGGGUAGCAAGAAGAGCGUGGACCUCAAGGGCAAGUACGAUACGAUGGGCCUGAAUAGGGGAGGCAGCGUUAAGGACGUUCCCUCUAAAGCGCACCUGGCCCCAAUCUCAAGCGACAACGACGCCGAGCAGUCCCAACCCGGCGGCGCUGAAACAAGCACGCAUGCGGAUGCGGAAACCGAACAUGAUGACCCAGCGAGAACAGCAGGACCACGACCAGGGACCCAACCCGGCGUGGCAAGCAUCGUGCGGCAGCCCACUGCAGGCAGUCAGACGGACCGGGAGCAUGCCCAGGUCUUUGAAGUGGUGAGGAGGGAUCUCCUGCUCGGCCCGUGA